CGACUUUGCUUUUGAGUUCAACAAAAUAUCUGGAGCCAUAGGUCGAUGAUUGAAAUGUCAGCAAGUGUGAAUCAAGAACCCUCUUAAGGAGUCUUGUGUGAUUUGUGUGAAAAUUUGAGGGCGGGCCUUAUGAAAAUCGGUGUGUAAUCUGUGCGAAGCAAGAAAUCGUAUCAUUUUUGCGAUAUCAAUCUUUGCAGGUGCUUGAUUGAUUGAGAAAUGGCGAAGGAAGGUCCUAAUUGGGACGGCUUGCUUAAGUGGAGUCUCUCGCACUCUGAUGGCACUAAUUCCUCUCGUAAUUUGAGCGAGGAGGAUAGAAGAUGGUUUGUGGAGGCAAUGCAGGCAAACUCAGUUGAUGUAAUUCAACGAAUGAAAGAGAUAACCCUGGUUAUGCAGACGCCGGUGCAGGUUUUGGAGUCUCAGGGUGUUACACCUCAAGAUAUUGAAGGGAUGUUGGAUGAGCUACAAGAGCAUGUGGAGUCUAUCGACAUGGCCAAUGAUCUUUAUUCAAUUGGUGGCUUGAUUCCUCUUCUUGGGCAUCUGAAAAGUUCUCAUGCUAACAUCCGAGCAAAGGCAGCUGAAGUUGUUAGCACUAUAGUCCAGAAUAACCCAAGGAGCCAGCAGUUGGUCAUGGAAGCUAAUGGCCUUGAGCCUCUUCUUGCAAAUUUUGCUUCAGAUUCUGAUGUUGUAGUUCGUACCAAAUCACUCGGUGCAAUCUCAUCUCUAAUCAGGCAUAAUAAGCCUGGCAUUGCUGCUUUCCGUCUGGCUAAUGGAUAUGCAGCUCUGCGAGAUGCUUUGAGUUCUGAGAAUUUGAGAUUUCAAAGGAAAGCUCUCAAUCUAACCCACUAUUUAUUGCAUGAGAAUCGGGCCGACUGUUGCAUCGUGUCUGAGCUUGGAUUCCCUCGCAUUUUGAUGCACCUUGCAUCAAGCGGGGAUGUUGAGGUCCGUGAAGCAUCACUUACUGGACUUCUCGAGCUUGCUCGCGACCGGUUGGACAAUCCAGAUGGUGGAACAAGCGAAGAAAAGGAUAAGCUGAAACAAAUUUUACAAGACAGAAUUAAAGGGAUCAAUGAAAUGUCUGCUGAAGACCUCGACACUGUUAGGGAGGAAAGGCAUCUUGUCGACUCAAUCUGGUACACCUGCUUUAACGAACCAUCUCCACUUCACGAAAUGGGGCUACUUUUUCUUCCAGGAGAGGAUGCAACCCCGCCGGACAUUGCCAGCCAGCAUUUUCAACCACCACUUAGAGCAUGGGCUGCAAAUCGGAAUCCAGACACAACCCCAAGCCAGAGAGAUAAUGAGCCUCCAUUGCUGUUAGGGCCGGGACCUUCGCAGUAGAGCGACCGCCCAUUCAAGAGGGAUGAGAGGUAAGUCUAGUUGUAUGAAUGUCAGUAGAGUAUUGUUGGUUGUUGUUGUCAUUCAUUCGAUACAGUUAACUAUACUUAUUUCGAAUUUCGAUACAUAUAUAGCAUGGUAUGGUUUCCAAAAGUUUUUCCUUCUAUUCAUGCUUGAAUCUUGUUCGACUCCAUCAGCUCAUGAGUUUACAUUAAGUGCACAAACUACACUUGAUUGGAUAUCAUAUACAUACAUAAAUAGCCUGUGGGAUUUCAGAGAGGAAGAUCGAGGCCUUUCCCGAUCUCCAACCCGAAGAUUUCGAGCAAUCCCUUGUUCAGAAUC